AUUAUAUAAUCAGUUACGUGUUUAGUGAAUUGCGGAGCAGUCGUGAUUAGUAGAGCAAUUGUAAAUUUUGGGCAACAAUAAACUAAAAAGUAAGAAUGUCUGGAUAUUUCUCAUACCCGGAUGCAAGUCUCCAAGAGGAGCUAAAGAAGACAGCAGAAGCAAUAGUCGUUCCUGGUAAAGGUAUCCUGGCUGUAGACGAAUCUAACGAGGGAAUCGGAAAACUCUUGGCGUCUGUGGGUUUAGAAAAUACGGAAAAUAACCGCAGAAGGUAUAGGCAGCUUCUUUUCACUACUGAUAUGUUAUCAGAAAAUAUAUCAGCAGUAAUUUUAUUCGAUGAAACAGUUUACCAGAAAACCGACGAUGGGACAUCGUUUAUUGAUUUAUUAAAAAAAAAGAACAUCAUACCUGGAAUCAAAGUGGAUAAAGAUGUAGUGCCGCUUUAUUUGUCUGAAGAUGAAGUAACAACUCAAGGUCUCGAUGAUCUUGCACAGCGUUGUGCUGUAUACAAGAAGCAGGGAUGUCGCUUCGCUAAAUGGCGUUGUCCACUAAAAAUUUCCGAACAUACACCUUCAGUGCAGGCAAUACAAGACACUGCGCAGAUUCUCGCUCGCUAUGCGUCAAUCUGUCAGAGUCAGGGCCUAGUUCCUAUUGUCGAACCUGAUGUUCUUUUAGAUGGAGACCAUGAUAUUGUGAGAACACAGAAGGUAACAGAAGUGGUACUAGCAGCGGUGUACAAAUCAUUGAACGACCAUCACGUGUUUUUGGAGGGAACAUUGAUAAAACCGAAUAUGGUAACUCCCGGACAAGCGUGCCCGAAGAGGAACACCCCAGAAGAGAUAGCAACAGCCACCGUCACAGCUUUGCUUAGAGGAGUACCAGCAGCAGUUCCAGGCAUAGUAUUCCUCUCCGGCGGUCAAUCUGAAGAAGAAGCGACUGUCAAUCUGAAUGCCAUAAAUAAUGUCCAGCUGAAGAAACCAUGGGCGCUUACUUUUAGCUAUGGACGAGCGUUGCAGGCUUCUGUAUGGAAGACUUGGGCAGGAAAAGACGAGAAUAUUAAGAAAGCUCAGAUAGAACUGCUAAAGAGAGCUAAAGCUAACGGAUUGGCGUCUGUCGGCAAAUAUCAACCGGGCGACGUAACAACCGCUGCUGGUGACAGCUCCAAUUACACCAAGAAUCAUAAAUAUUAAAUAAACCUUGUGCUCU